AUGCCAACUCCCUCAGAAAUCACACCAACGGCAGGGAUGUCCACAGGAAUUGGCAACUCCUCUGGUCUUCCCCCCAUUGAUAAUGCAACCACAAGUACCACAUCCGACUCGUUGCUCCAAAGUCUUCACAGUUUUCAAACUUACAGAACGCGAUUUGCGAUGGCUACCACGGCUGCCACUAUUCUGGCCCUGCGUCACGUACAUAAUAUCAUAACACAACCAAGGUCGGAAGCCAAUGAUGGGCUAUACCUAAUGGGGACGGUAUUCACAGUAGCUUCGGCAUAUCUUGCAUUGUAUUGUAGUAUCAAAACCGUUGAUUGUCAUCUAUGUGUUAGACAUCUGGAAGCUACUUUGAGAAAUCCAUCUCAGUUUCAAAAUUCGGGGUCCUCACAACAACAAACAAGACUUGAAGCUACGGUUCUGGAAAUACAAGCGGAGACGGACAGAUUCAGAGGUGCAUGGUUCAAACCCAACCUUUCCGGACCUGCCCGAAAGCAUACAGCUCCUGAAGUGCAGAGUCAAUCCACAAGUGUAUCGUGA